GCCUCGCCGGUCGCCCACUCGCCCUGCGCCCCGUCGCCCGUGGCGGCACGGCCCCCCGGCCGCCGCGCGCACUCGCGCGUCGCGCCCGCUGACGCUGUCGUGACGCCGCGUCGCCGCCUCGGCGCCUCCCCGGUCCGGCGACCGGCGGUCCCCGGUCACCGGCCAGCGCAGAACUGCAGCAGCGUUAUAUAAUGGAUCCUAAAAUGAAGCAACUUCAAGAAGCACUGGUUGACAUUGAAACUGAUGCAGAGCAGCUUCUUCUGGCAAGGCAUCAGUUAGUGGAAAACGAUAGGAUAAGGAAUGGUAAUAGGGAAGCACUGACAGCCCUCCGGAAAAGAGCCAAGACAACCAAAACUAGUGUUCCGACCCCCUUUGAAAUCAUAAUGAAAGGGUUGGAAGGAACCUCUGGCAAGCAGCUGGUAAAGGAGAUAUGCCCAACAUGUGGAGAUCAUGACCCCAAGGAAGAUACAUGGUUAAUGUUUCCAGGAUCAGAUAUCUUUGCUCGUGUUCCAUUUCAUGUGGCCCACACUGUUCUAGACAAAGAUCAAGAACGACUAGACUAUGACACCAAGAAGCUACAGAGCUUUGUGAAGGAGAAAUCGUUUGUGAUAUCAGAGAAAGGUGCCCUUGCAGACAGAAUCAGCCCCGGCAUCGUGAAAUCCCUCGUCAGCCUUACAGAUAAACCCAAGUAGGCACAAGAGAGAAGGUAUCAGAGCAUGUCUGUCUGCUCCACUCGGCAAGAAAGCUGUGCAUCCACUGAAACGAAGCAUCCGUUGGGCUCACCUGUAACCUGUUGUGCUAUCGACUGCGAUGUUGUUUUUUGCUUGGAACAUGUGGCCCUGUUUUUCCGUGCUGUCAUUCUGUGACAUUAGCUAGGCUGCUGUUGAUUAGUUUUUAGGCAACCUCUAAUCCUAUAUUGUUAUGAAUUGUAUGACUAGGUUAGGCUAUAUGACAGUACUUCAUUUCAGGCGCAGUUUUCAUAGGGAAGUCUGCUUCUGCAUGUGCUAGUCGUUGAUCUGAAAAUUCAGGUCUUACAAAAGUUUGACCAGAUGAUAAUACCCGGGGUUUUUUUUAAACCUUUGACACCGCAAUAUUUGAUGUU